GGUCUUGAGGAAGUGCAAAUGUAUCGUGCGACAUUGUUUAACUUGAAUUCUGAACCAGAAGAAGAUGGAGAAAAUCAAAAAAAAGAGGGCGAUUGUGUGUUCUUACAACAGUGUACAAAUGAUGUAAUGAAUACAUCAGAAGAAACUAUUACUAAAAUAAAAGCUGAGCCAAUUUAUGAAGCUGAAGAAAACCCAUGGUCGGAAAUAAAAACAGAACCAUCUGAGAGAUACUCAGAUUCGAUGGAAAUCUCUACUAACAUCAAUUUAACUAAUCUUGAAGAAAAUGAUUCGGAAAAUAGAAGAAUGGUUCUACAAGAGAAUGCAGAAGGAGUUGAUGUGGCGUAUGAUAGGAAUGCACCCAGACCUUUAUAUUUAAAACUAAAAAGAAAGUACACUAGAGCCUAUGGAUCUGAGGCUGGACUGAAUUUAAUAAUCUUUGAACGGUGUGAUAAACCAGAAGAAAUGUAUGGGAUACCAGAUACAGAACUACCACCUAAUGUAGGUGUUGUCGAAAUAUCACUUGAUCCAUUCGUAGAUGAUAUUGAAGAAUCUAUAGUUUUGGGAAUGGAACACUCCUCUUACAUCAACAGACUCAUACAUUUUGUAAGAUUAGAACCAGAAGAAACUCCCUCUUCAAUUGAUAGAUUAACUGUCCCGAUAGAUAAUAAUUAUGAGGGCCUUCAAAGUUUAAAUGAAGGAGUUAUAGAUUUAAUAAACGAAGAUGAUAAUGAACU